AUGGUGGUGACGGAAAGUAACGUAUUUCCUUACGUGGUAUCUGUAUUGAAGAAGUCUUCGUAUUUGAGUGCUGGAGCCUUGCUGGAUGAUAAGUGGGUGCUGACGGCUGCUGACGCUUUGUUUUUAGUCCGAGAAUCAGCAAGAGUGAUCAAAGUCAGAUUAGGCAGCAUCAACUACAAGAAAGGUGGGGUCCUUCUCCCAGUGAAGAGUAUAGAAGUACAUCCACUCUUUGACGACAGUAAGCCGGCCUUCGACGUGGCUCUCAUCAUGCUGGCUGAGCGGGUGUGGCUGACCCCGACCCUAUCUCCAAUAAGAAUCCAGACAAAUUUGCAGGAGAUCACUGCUACCCACUUUAUUGUGACUGCGUGGACUCCUUUAUUACGUAUAAGAGCCAAGCCGCAUCACGUCAUAUCAAUGGACACGAUCAAACAGCGCCGUAUGCUCUCAGUCUCCCAUCUUCACCCUUCAGACCCUGAACUAUGUAAGAAGGAGCUCAACGAUAUGGGCAUCAAUGACACGGGGAGUAUCAUGUGCCUGGACCCGGAUUUGAAUGCUGAUCCUUGUUGGAGGGACACUGGCGCCCCAGUGGUUCUCAACGGCGUCCUCUGGGGCGUGGUGUCCUCGUGGCGGCCCGACGACUGCUACUCGCGGCCGGGGCGCAGCUACGCGGUGCGGGUGGCGGCGCGGGACGUACGCAGCUGGCUGCACGCCGCCACCCGCGGACAUAGGUGGAACCGCACCGAGUACGACGAGGAGGAUGAUAGUAGUGAGAGAUGA